AAGUCAAGGCACACAAAAAUUAUAUAACUCUCUCUUUCUUCUUUUCUCUCGUAUAUCGUCUAUAUUUUAUGCUUCAAGAACAGUACUUUUAUCAGGCCAACAAUAGGCCAGAACAAAGCAAUAUGUCAUAUGACGCUUAUACCUAUCAAACACAGCCAUCAGUGCCAGUUUACAUUUCUGAUGAUGCAUGUGAUGAUCUCUCUACUACUCUCACUCCUCAAGCCCAUGUCGAUAUUGUGGAUCAAAUCGAGACUGAAGGGUAUGACGAAUCGCCCUUUUCGCUGGUAGAAAUGCUUCGUCAUUUUCCUGACUUGCCCUUGUUUAUCUCUCACCCAAGCUUUUCUCAAUUUUCGCGUCUUUGGAUAGACUUUCAAAAGCACAUCAUGAUGGCCAAGGAGCCCCAGUAUCGGACAACGGUUCAAGCUUGGCUCCAAUAUAGCAUUCUGCAAGCACACUACUUGAUGUGCUCCAUCAUCAGGUCGCACUCUCAGGCAGCUUGCAACCCCAAGACGCUCCCCCGUAGCAUGUUCUCUGCCGUCCGUCGAUUGAAGGAUCAGAUGGAAGUAAUGCACCAAGUUCUCCAGAUUAUUGAAAAUGGCCGUGUCUGGUUCGAUCAGAGUCCGCUGGAGGCCAUUGCUCCCUUGGUAGAAGCCGUAGUGAAGAUUAAGCAAGAAGUCAGUCAAUUUAAGCUGGACCCCUACGCAUUACCUAUUUUUCAAAACAACUUGAUAGUCAGGGUUCCCGUCAGUGAAGUAUCUGACCAAGAUCUAGCAGAGCAGGCCAUGGAUACGUUCUCGCUCUUGUCUCUCGAGUCAACCUGUUUGGAUCCUGUCAAGCAAGAAAAUCGUUUGGCUGGCGACUCGAGUCCAGCUUUUUACAUUCCGCACCAUGUGAACGAUGCCCAGUUCCCCCAUAUUGAACCCUCUUGGGUUCACUUUUGGUCUUCAGCACCUGUUACGCCUUCGGUUGAACAACAAAGUCAGCACCAGCCAUUCAUUUCACUUCCAGCUACCCCCACGUGGUCCGAAGAUCAGUCUUUAUUCAUUCAUCCUGGACUUACUGGUGAUUCUUCAAAUGAUCUAUCACUUAUGAGUAACGUAUCUGAAGAAGACAAUUAUAAGCAAGACGUAAAGGAGGAAAUGAGUGAUGAAGAAUAUGAACUAGAAAAAGAAGAGGAAGACGACGACUAUGAUUAUAGCGAUGAUGACGACGAUGAUGAAGACUAUGUGGUCCCUGCAGAUGACGAUGAUUAUGGUUAUCGAAAAAGGACAAGGGAAGCUUCCAAGAAAGGCAAAAACUCUAGCUCUUCUCGAUCGCGUCGUCAGUCCUCUGAAUCAAAGCACACAAGAAGAACUGCUACGUCCUAUGAUGCUCAAACUACUCAUUAUCUAAAGUCUAUCUUCUUUGACAUUUACAGUGUUAGAGAUAAACUGACGAAAGAACAGCGUAAACAAGUUCAAAAAGAAACGGGAUUAAAGCCUAGGAACAUCACCUACUGGUUCUCAAACCACAAGCGUCGAUUUCAAAACUCUUUGCUUGUCUUCAAAAAGACUGUUCAGGAAAGUAAUGGUAAGGUCAAGACAUAUGACGACUUUUUGAAAUGGAGAAGGGACCGUGGAUUAUCUGAAGAUAUUUUAGAAAACGAAUAAAGUUGUUUCAUCCCUCAAAUAGACUUUUUCAUAGGUCAAGAUUGACAGUGCAUCAUGUGAGAUAAUGGAUCAUUUCUUGAUAUUUCAUUGGUAGAAAUUAUCUUUUGUUAGCUUGAAGCUACUAAUGAAUCCAGAGAGUGUGUGUUCAAGAUGAUCCUUUACGAUUGGGAAAAUAAUGGAGUAGCUUAUAACAUAGUGUUUAUCGUCCCG